AUGUCAGAGUAUGAUAUCAUUAUGCAUAGAUAUAUUUAUCACCAUAUUAGUCCCAUAGCAAUAUCACUUGAAUGUACCACCUGUAGUGUGGCAUGCCAAAAGUCAAAGAGAUUAGAUGUUCAUUUUGUUUUUGUUAUACUUAUUCAAACUAUUUAG